AUGCAGUGCCUUGGCGACCCAAUGAAACCCUUGUACAAGGGCGGCAUUGUCCAGAACAGCGAGUUCAAUAGUGGACUGAUGGGCUGGUCGACAUACCGGAACAUCAAGGCUGGCGUCAGCAGCUCGCCAUCCGGCAACAAGUUUGCAGUGGUGAAUGGGGCGGGAAGCCACGUGACCAGCAGUGGCAAGCUCCUACCGUCCCACAGCGUCUACCAGAGAGUCCAGAUGCAGGGCGACAGGCACUACUCGCUAUCAGCAUGGUUACAGGUGUCGAAUGGCACGUCGGCCCAUGUGAGGGCGGUCAUAAAGUCCCCCAACGGCGAGCGCGUCAUCGCUGGAGCCAUCGAUGCCCAGUCCGGCUGCUGGAGCAUGCUCAAGGGAGGCAUGACCGCUUACUCUUCUGGACCCGCAGAGAUCUACUUUGAGAGCUACGCACCUGUGGACAUCUGGGUGGACAGCGUGUCACUGCAGCCCUUCACCUUCGACGAGUGGGACGCUCACACCCGCCGCUCCGCCGACAAGGCCCGGAGACGAACCGUAAAGGUGGUCGCCAUGGGCGCCGACGACAAGCCCAUGGCGCAUGCCAACGUGAGUAUCGAGCUCCUCCGCCUCGGGUUCCCGUUCGGCAACGCGGUCACCAAGGAGAUUCUCGACCUCCCGGCGUACGAGAAGUGGUUCACGUCGCGCUUCAGCGUGGCCACCUUCGAGAACGAGAUGAAGUGGUACAGCACCGAGUGGACCCAGAACCAUGAGGACUACAGCGUCGCGGACUCCAUGCUGAACAUGUUGCAGAAGUACCGGAUCAAGGUGCGCGGGCACAACGUGUUCUGGGACGACCAGAACUCGCAGAUGCAGUGGGUGAAGCCCCUCAACCUUGCGCAGCUCAAGGCGGCCGUGCAGAAGCGGCUCAAGUCUGUCGUCUCGCGCUACGCCGGCAAGGUGAUCCACUGGGACGUGGUGAACGAGAACCUCCACUUCAACUUCUUCGAGACAAAGGUGGGCCCCAGCGCGUCGGCCCAGAUCUACCAGCAGGUGGGGCAGCUGGACCGCAAUCCCAUCCUCUUCAUGAACGAGUUCAACACGCUGGAGCAGCCCGGCGAUCCCAACCCUGUGCCCGCCAAGUACGUGGCCAAGAUGAACCAGAUCCGCAGCUACCCUGGCAACGGCGGCCUCAAGCUCGGCGUCGGCCUGGAGAGCCACUUCACCACGCCCAACCUCCCGUACAUGAGGAGCUCGCUGGACACGCUCGCCAAGCUCAAGCUGCCUAUGUGGCUCACCGAGGUGGAUGUCGUCAAGAGCCCCAACCAGGUGAAGUACCUGGAGCAAGUGCUCAGGGAAGGCUUCGGCCACCCCAACGUCGACGGCAUCGUCAUGUGGGCGGCGUGGCACGCCAAGGGCUGCUACGUCAUGUGCCUCACGGACAACAGCUUCAAGAACCUCCCCGUGGGCGACCUCGUCGACAAGCUCAUCGCCGAGUGGAAGACGCACCGCGCGUCCGCCACCACCGAUGACAAUGGGGCGGUGGAGCUCGACCUGCCCCUAGGCGAGUAUGAGUUCACCGUAAGCCACCCGUCGCUGAAAUCUGCUGCUGUUCAAACCAUGACCGUCGACACUUCGUCGUCGGCGUCGGAGCAUACCAUCAACGUCAAGUCCUAG